AUGUAUGAUUUAAUCAACGAAUUCAAAUGUGUCGUAUGCUUUGACUACAUGAAACCGCCAAUUCAGAUGUGCGUUAACGGGCACAGCUACUGUAGAUCCUGCUUUCGGCGUAUGAACAAAUGUCCCGAGUGUCGAGGCAAGAGGGGCCAUUUCAGGAACUUGCAGCUAGAAAAUAUCUUCGGUAAACUCGUUUUCCCCUGUCAAAACGAAGACAACGGUUGCGACUUCGUUGCCAAGGGAUUGGAGGUGAUGGCACACGAGGGCAAGUGUAUUUACGGACAUCUGUCAUGUCCGUUUGCUAAUUAUGGGUGCCCGUGGUCAGGACUAUACAGCAGAAUGGAGGACCAUUUAAGGGACGCGCAUAAUCUCAUGAAUGAUAUUCCUGACGUUUGUGAUUUGGAGGGCUUCAACGAAGGAGCCAAUUGUUGGCGACAGGUGCUGAAGUUCGACGGUCUCCUUUUCAUACUUUGCGUAAUAAAAGAAGAAGAGAGUUUUUGGUUUGGGCUUUACUCGAUCAUCAACACUGAUGUGAUGUACAGUUAUGAGGUGACAUUCGUGGAUUUUAAGGAGAAUAAGACGGCCACUUUUAACGGUAAUUGCUCAACUCACAAAAAAUACGCCACUAAAGAAUUAAACAUGCACAAUAUGCAGAACGCGCCUGUGUCGCUGAUCGAGAGAUUCAGGAAGGGUGACAGUGUCAAAUAUUUGGUUAAAAUCUUUCGAAGCCCUCGUCAAACCGAUGAUUUAAGUGUUCAAAAGAUACCUCAUGUCAAUAACUGUAAUUAUAUUAAAAAUAAACCGUUGAAAACGUAA